GCUUUCAUCCAGGAAACCCAAGACCAGUGAGAGCGGGCAAGGAAUGAAGGCCGUCCUUUUCCGAUUGUGCGCGCGCGGGCUAACACGAUCCUCUCGACCGCCGGGACGCCUGACUUCUGCCUCCAGGCCCGCAGCGGGCGACGUCGCCGCGGCUCGCUCCCCGUUUCUCCCACACGUGAUCAUCGGAUGUCUGCUGAUCUUCGGGGUGGUGAAGGCCAGCGUCUUCAGUGCGCAGCUGUCGGCGGUGGGCGCCCCGGGCCUGGGAUGGGCGUGGGUGUUCGCCAUCGGCGUGCUCGGCAUUUCCUGUUUGGGAAUCUACGCGGGAAUAUCCGAGAAGGAGCUCGCCCUCAAGAUCUUUGCCGGCUUCAUGGUGGCGGGGAUGGUCAUCAUGCUCAUCUUCGGCAUCGUGGUGGUCGUCAUGAGGAACAAGGGCUUCGUGUCGGCGUGCAUGUUCGGACACCGUAUCCCUUUCGAGGGCAGCCCGCAUUUGCGCUUGUCGAGUGACCCGUCGUGUGGCUUUUUGCCGUCUGCGUCGGCGGCGAAGGUGAGAGACGGCUUCCACAGCACCUCGGCCGAGGUGGCCGAGCCCUUCAUGGCGGAGGAAGGCUUCCAGGCCGUGCUUCGGCAGCUGCAGGAGAGCGCUCACUGCUGCGGCUUGGUGAGCGCCGGCGACUGGGGCGACGACAUCCCCGCCUCGUGCGGGUGCCGACCCGGAUUGGACGGCUUCGGAGGUUACGGACUCUUCGGACAUCCCGGAUGCAAAGCCCGACCUCAGGGAACCACGGGCCCCGAUCACAUCUACCAACAACCCUGCGCCGAGGUCCUCAUCACCUACGCCGACUUCUUCUUCAACAUCAUCAUCGGCUUUCUCUUCGGCUUCGCCGUCACCGCCCUUCUGGGCCUGCUGGUGUCCCUCCUGAUGAUCCACCAGGUCCGACGUCAUGACCGCGGCGCCGCUUCGUCCAUGGCCAUGAAGGCCUACUGAGACGGCAAGAUCUGCGCUCGAUGAUUUUUUUUUUUUAUGCUCGAAAAAUUCGAGAAUCUCUUCAGCCACCUGCACUAGAACGAUUCAACGUUGACAGUCCGCUUUUGCUGCAAGUUUUUAUACCUUUUUAUACCAUUUAACAAAAGAUAUAGAUAGAAGUGUUAAGGAGACAAACUGUUUUUAUGACAUUUUUGAAAAAUAGAACUGUUAUUUCGUGCCCAUUUAUUUGUCUGUGAUGUCAGAUGGACAACAUUAAAUUGUCUUUUUGUGUGUGUCUGA